UCUUUUUUUGAAACCAUUUUCUUUUCAUUUUGACCAUUGCCAAGCUAUUUCGACUUCAUUUCUCCCUCAAAAAAAGAAAAAAGCUCUUCCGACUUCAUUCCUUCCUCCACCGCCGCCGCCGCCACCAGAGAGAAUGACGGCUUAUGGUGCACUGAAUUCUCUGAGAAAUACAAUUGAUUAUAUUCUCCAUUCUUUUCAUUUUAGCCUUGUUCACCUUUCUCGAAGCAUCAUAAGCUUUGCCUACGAGGAGUUGCAGCCGUUGCAAGAAAUUCUUGAAAAAUUGGACAGCACGAGGACAAGCAAGAGCAGGAAGAAGGUGAAUGCUUUGGAUGGAAGAAUCAGAGAGUUGAUUUGGGAAUUCCAACACUUGCUGGAAUCCCUUCUCUCGCAACAGAUUCUUUCGCAGGCAGACCAAGUAUAUGAUGAAAUGAAAGAGAGAGUAUCUGAAUUCCAAGGUGAGAGAAUAAGAUUCUCCAUUGAUAUGCAAUUCCUACAACAUGAGGUUCUUUCCUUCAUCGAGAGGCUCAAGGAUUUGGAGGAGGAAUACAUUUAUGAAGUAGACAAUAUGCCUGAAGAUGAAGAUGAAGACGACGACGAACAAUCUAUUGUUUCCUCAAGAAGUGAGACCAAGUCAAAGAUGAUUGGAUUGUCGGAUCAAGUCCAACAACUCAAAGUGGAUAUUAUGGAAGGUUAUGGGAGGAUUUCCAACGGUAGCACCGUAGUUGUUGGAGCUGCAGGCAUUGGGAAGACUGCUCUUGCUGAGGCAGUUUUUGAAGAUCCUGAAAUCUUGAGCCAUAUUGAGCAUCGUGCGUGGGUUAGAGUAGGCAGAAAAUCUCGAUUCGAUGAAGUCUCACGAGGCAUUCUAGCUCAAAUGUUUGGAAUCACACAAGGAGAUGGCGAAUUAGGUGCCUACUUGGAAGAAAGAUUGCAGGGGGAAAAAUGUCUGAUUGUGCUCGACGAUGUGUGGGAGACACAGAUAUUGGAUUCAUUGUUCAGUUCCAUGAAGAACAUUGACAAUGGAUCAAUUCAUAUCUUGGUUACUACUCGAGAUAUGCACUCAAUUGAUCCAACAUUUAGUUUUAGACUCUGUAAUAUUGCGUUGGUGUGCUUUUUGAAUGAAGAAGAAAGUAAGGAGCUGCUGUGUGAGAAGGUGUUUGGUGAAAAGGAAUGUCCUUUUCAACUUGACAAAGCUGCUACCAAAAUUGCCAAGAUUUGUGAAGGUCUUCCUCUCACGAUAGUCACAGUGGCUGACAUCCUAUCAAAAGCCCAGAAUACGGACCCCAAAUACUGGGACGAUGUAGCAGAAAUGCGAAAUUCAGUCUUCACCGAUGUAUAUAAUCAGAUAUCAAAGGUACUUUUCCCAAGUUAUGAAUACUUACCUCAAUAUCUUAAGAUGCCUUUUCUGUAUAUGGCAGUCUUCCCUCCAGAUUAUGACAUCCCUCAUUCCAAGAUCACUAAUAUGUUGGCUACAGAGGGCUGGUUUCACAGAGGUAAUGUCUGGGAUUGUUUGAACGAACUUUGUUCUUACAGGAAUCUUGCUUUAUUCAACCGAAGAAGCAUUUUUACUUUCCCUUGGAGUGUUCCUUUUCGCGAGUUUAAAACUUACCGGCUUCAUUCUUCAUGGCGAUAUGUGUGCAGAGUAGAGGCGCAAAAGAAAAAGUUUUAUCAUAUAUUAAAAAAACUUGUUGAAGGCUUAGAAGAUGGUGUAAAAGGUCAGCAUUGUUUGUGUCUUGAAAAUAACCUUUUAUUUGGCAUCAAAGAGUUUAGGCAGUCUGUGAGAUUGAACUGUGCAACCUCUACGCAUUCUCUUCUUUUUUUUGGUACAUACCACCAAUAUCCAAUCCCAAUAGGUGACGAUUUCAAGUUGCUUGGGAAACUAGAUGCUCUUAAUUUACGUUUGUACACUUUCCCAUCAGAAAUUCUUACACUAGUUCUACUAAAGUACCUUGCUCUAACUUGCAAUGGAGAACUCCCUACAACCAUAUCCAAACUUUUCAACCUUCAAGUGUUGAUUAUCCAUCCUCAUAGCAACAUUAGGAUUUGUGGAGUUCCAUCAUAUGUACCAAUACAAAUUUGGGAUAUGAAAGAGUUAAAGCAUAUUGAGAUAUUGGGAAAAAGCCUUGUAGCUCCAUGUCGUCCUGCUUCUUUAGAAAAGCUCUCAACACUUGUAGGUGUGAAUGCCAGCAUUUGUACUAUCUUGGAAUUCUCUCGAAAAGUUCCUUGGAUUACGAAAUUAGGAGUUCAGAUCGAGCUAACGCCUUAUGAUGACCAUAAUGACCUUUUAAGUUGCUUUGGCUGUGUUUCAACACAUGAAAAUUUGAAGAUACUGAAAUGUAGUAUCAUAAAUCCUGUGGUUAAGUACGAUUAUGCUUUUCCUAGUUCAUUUAUGUUGCCACCUUGGUUGAAAAAGUUACAUUUGAGUGGCAUGGGUUUUUCCUGGGAAUUCAUGGAUGUGAUUGGCUCUUUGCCAUUUCUUAAAGUGCUCAAAUUGCGAGCCUACGCCUUUCGGGGUCCAAAGUGGGAAGCGCGAGAGGGAAGCUUUGCGAAACUUAAGUUUCUUCUAAUUGAAGACAGUGAUUUGGUGCAAUGGAAACCAACAUCUGGAAGCUUCCGGAAACUUACCUUCCUAAGUAUGAAACAUUGCUACAAACUACAAGAGAUCCACUGGCUGCCUCAUUUAAGAACCGCAACGAUUGAAUUAGUGAAUUGCAAUCCUGUAGCCUUGAGUUGUGUCGAGCAAUUACAACCGGGUACAAAUAAUUUCAUCAAUGUCACUGCCACUUCUUCUUUUGACGAGAAACCCAUUACCAUCAGUUUUAUAAGGUAUGGGCCUGAGUUUGAGUUUGAGUCUGACUAAAGAGCUGGAAAGGUGAGUCACCAUGUCCUCCAUCCCCGUGUUUAUAACUUGAGUCGUUUUAUUAUUGAGUUGUGAAUCUAAGAAUUGUGACGUAUCUCGGAUUCUGUUGAGGAUUAUAAGCUCUGAGUGAAUUAUGCAUGGAAUGGAAUGAAAACUUUAAUUAGUAUGUGAUUCAAGGACAAUAAUCAUUUUGUGUGAUGCAUAAUUUUUGCUUUGUUUCGAUAUCAUUAGGUUUGAAUUAAGUACCACUAAUAAUAAUAUUCAUCAACUUAAAUUUUCAUACGAUGAGAUCUUAUAUGGUGAGUUGAAAAUGUUUCAUUGGAUUCGUGAGUUUGGCUGUUGGAUGCAUUGCUCUGUGAGAAAAGAUUCCGUUAGUUAGUGAGUUAGUUAUUAUAGUUGGUUUUGUUAAACCUUUUUGGUUGUUUUGUUAGUUGGAAACAAUUUGAGUCAACUAUCAGCUGUGAAAGCAAGUGUUCUGGUAUGAUUUUAGUUUUAUUUAUUAUUUUGAAUUA